AUUGGAGCACAUGACAAGUAUGGGUAAAAUUCAUAAACAACGUUUGCAAAAAUUAUGAUCGAAAAAACUUGCAUGCAUGCAAAUCUCAAAAAAAUAUUCCAAAAAUGAGUAGUGAUUCAGCGAAAAUAUUUUCCUCGUUACCGAAAGAAAUCUGUGAUAUUAGCCAUCUGAUCGGUAUUGAACCAGGAACGAGUAGCAAAAAACCUGAAGAAACAUUAUACGAUUGGAUUCCAAAAAAAGAUCAAAGUGAUGAUUUCAAAUAUAAAGUUUAUUCUUUAUACGAAACUAUUGAGCAGAAUAAAUCUUCAUGUUCUCGUCAAGCGGGCAAAAAAUGUCUGAAUUCUAAACAAAGAAGAGCUUUGUUUGAUUUAAGUAAAGAUCAAUUAGAUUUCAAAAAAUUUAAGGCCAUCAAUCAACUUUGGCAUUCAUAUCUGGAUUCAGUGUUGGAAGAAGUAAAAACUAAAUCUGAUGAAUUGAAAUUAGCACGAAUCGAUCUACAUGGAGCCUAUCUUUUAGUUUGUUCCUCGAAAAAUCCCUCAGUUAUUGGUAUCAAAGGCUACAUGGUACAAGAAUCAAAAAAUACAUUUCGAAUUUUAAACAAUCAAAAUCGAUUGUUGGAAAUUCCAAAAUGUGGAACAAUUUUUGCCUUCAAACAUGGAAAUAGAUUAUACAAAAUCAAUGGUUAUAAUAUAAUGAUGUCCAGUUUCAAUCGUUCGAAAGCCAAACCCAAAAUGAAUUUGAUUUGUGAUUUAUGAUUGAUUUAUUAUUAUUAGAAAUGA